AUGGGUGGAGAAUACUACAAUAACCCUGGUGGUGGAGCGAGCUACCUUUGCCUUCCACACAAUCCAAAAUAUGACAAGUACAAAGACCGCCAUCAGGCCGUUGGAUACGUGUGCGGCACUGAAUAUAAAGUGAAUGAUUACAACGGAGACCCUUUUAAGAGAAUUCUUCACAACCAUGAUGCACCCUGCGUCGUUUGCUUCGUCAACCCGGCACGUGGUUCAAUGCUGAUGAUGCCAGCUAGGAAUGAUUGCCCAUCUGGGUGGAUCAAGGAGUAUCAUGGGUACCUGAUGACUGCUUAUCAUGACCACAAGCAUUCAAGCGACUUCAUUUGUGUUGAUGGGGAUCCGGAGUAUGUCCCUGGUAGCCAUGCCAACAAAAACGGUGCCUUGCAGUACGCUGUGGAAGGAGAUUGCGGCUCACUCCCACGUCUUCCUUAUGUCGGCGGUCGAGAAUUGACAUGCGCUGUGUGUACCAAGUGA